CUGUUUGUUUGAACCGAUGCACGUCUAGAUAGAUAGACAGACAGAAAAUAACAGACAGACCGAUUGUUAUGUAUGUAUGUAUAAGAAAUAGAUCCAACCAAACAAACAGGUCUUCAAACAUCCACAUAAGUUAAUUUAAGCUACAAAAAUACUAAUUUAUUUCUAAUAUAAUACCAAACACUUUCAGUAAAUGCAUGCAUUUUGAAUGUUUUAUUUAUAUGGCAGUCAUAUAUAAUUUCUAGAUGACUCCUAGAAGACAAACAAAACCCAACCUGAUUCAUCGGCCGUGAGCAGGAGGGCUUCUGUUGGUGAAAUACACUAUUACAAGCACCUGGCCAUUGAAAUGAGAACACUCACAUGACCAUCAGGGUCAGCAUACCUUUGCAAACCUGGGACAAAAAAUGAACGGCUCAAAACAAUAGAGUCAUCCAUGCAGAACCUCUGCUGAGCCAAGAGAGACAGAACGCUGAAUGAAACGCAGCCGAGAGCCAGGGGAUAGAGCGUAAAGUCACUCUGAUACACUAGUGCAGAAGAACUGAGAAUUUACAGCAAAUAUGGCUGCAAAUUCAGUUUAUGACUUCACUAUGGAGACCCUGGAGGGAAAAGCCGUCCCACUCAGCAUCUUCAGAGGAAAAGUUCUUCUCAUUGUGAACGUGGCAACCUUCUGAGGGUCCACCAUUGAAGAGUAUCACAGGAUGAAUGCACUCAUGGACAUGUAUGGAGGACUGAACUUCACUGUGCUUGGAUUCCCCUGCAAUCAGUUCGGCCUACAGGCACCUGAAGAGAACCAUGAAACCCUGAAUGUUCUGCAGUAUGUGAGACCUGGAGGAGGAUUUCUCCCAAAGUUCCCCAUCUUCAGCAGGAUUGAGGUGAACGGCGCUGAUGAAAACCCUCUAUACGCCUUCCUGAAGGAAACUCUGCCGUUUGUCAACCCUGUCAUUGGAGACAUCAGGAAGCUCUACUGGUCUCCCAUUAAGGCAAACGACAUCCGAUGGAACUUCGAGAAGUUUCUCAUCACUGCAGAUGGACUUCCUUACAAACGGUAUGAUCUUCACUGUCCAUUUGAAGAUGUGGAGCGGGACAUUGCAGCGCUUCUGCAGGGAAGACAUUCAUCAUAACACAUUCAUAACCAGCUCUCUGAUUAUGAUUCAGCUCAGCUGCAACUGUCUGUCUGGAUCCAUUCAUAGACAUGAGAUCUGUGCUUAGAAGUUAUUGAUUCUGUCAUUCUAAUGUUUUAAAGUCUGUAUGAGUGAAUCUCGUGAAAAUGUCUCAGACAUAUUUCACUUCAAAAUGAAUUGAAAAAAUAAGGAUAUAUAUCAUUUUCAUUUUAUUAUUUUGUUCAUUCUGACAUCGGUUUAAUGACGAAUUAAGAACAUUUCCCCCAAAUUCUCAUGAUUGUAAUUAAAAAAUAAUUAUAGUAUUUUAAACUGUAAAGAAUGUUUACAUUGUGGUAUUAUUUGUUAUGGUCUUUAAUUGAUGCCAAUUUAAUAAUAAUAAUAACUUGUAUAACAACAUAAUAUUUUGAGUUUCUGUUGAUUAAACC